AAAAAAAAAGGAAAGGAAGAAAAGUCGUUUUUCUCAAUUUUUCCUUGAAAAAGUCGACAAAAAGUAACGCAACCAAGCGAAUACAUACCAAAGGAUAGCCGAGGAAGAACCGCGAUUAGAGUGGAAUAAUUUAAGUCGUGACAUCAAAACGACCGUCACAUUCGAGCAGCAAUUUGACUGGGAAAACCUUCAGCGAACGCUCCUGCCGCUCUCGAGAGUCAUUUUCACGAUGGCGGCUAAUUAUAAAGCGCACUUGCACUCAAAGAGAUAGGGACAAGCGAGAACACGCGUUCUUGAAGGCGCAUAACGACAGAGAUAGAGAGAGAGAGAGAGAGAGAGAGAGAAAGAUGGAGACAAAGGCACGCAUCGUGAUCCUUCCCUCGGUAUAGUAGAAAAAGCGUCGUUUGUCUCGUUUCUGUCGUUGCGAAAGGCAACGCGAAGUUUUCGCAAAAGAAAAAUCAAAGGGUAUCUAUCGUUCUACGAUUAACAUCUGGAAUUAAAAUCGUAUUGUUAAUGGAUACGAUAUACAAAUAACGAUAUACAAAGACAGUACAUUCGAAGAUCGUAAAUGACUACACGAUAUGAACCACCUGAACACGAUCUUGUAUUGACGAAAGAGGAUAUACGGAAAAGAUAUCAGGAUACGGCAUUAGUUAUAUUUAAAGAACAACAGAACAAGAAAGAGGUGAACUAUUUGAGUUUUGGAGCAAGUCGUAGGACUAUGGAGUAUAGCAAUUAUGGAAAUCAACCGGUAAUAAUACGUAGACCUCUCGAAGUUUCGGACGUAAAUGAUCCCUUGCCGUUGCGAAUAUUGAGAAUGUAUCGUAAGCCUCAUGAGAAUUGUACUAUAGCUUAAAUCAUGUUAAAAAUAAUUUAAUAAAUAUAUUCGUAAAUAUUA